CAAACUCACUGAUCCAUACACUGCAAAGUGCAACCCUAAUUUUCUAGGGUUUCAAUCACCCAUUUGCUCUACUCCUUCUGGGACCUUACAACCACAAGCAAUGGCGGAAAGAGGCGGCGGGGGCGAAAGGGGCGGUUUCGGCCGAGGCUUUGGCCGUGGUGGCCGUGGCGACCGCGGGCGCGGCGACCGUGGGCGAGGUGGAAGGGGUCGUGGACCUCGAAGAGAUGAAGAAGAUAAGUGGAUACCUGUUACGAAGCUUGGCCGCCUUGUCAAAGACGGUAAGAUCAGGUCUCUUGAGCAAAUCUACCUCCACUCUCUCCCUGUAAAAGAACAUCAGAUUAUCGAGACCCUACUAGGGCCUCAACUCAAAGAUGAGGUCAUGAAGAUCAUGCCUGUUCAAAAACAAACCAGAGCAGGUCAGAGAACUAGGUUCAAAGCUUUUGUGGUGGUUGGAGAUGGAAAUGGACAUGUUGGACUUGGUGUCAAGUGUAGUAAAGAGGUCGCCACUGCUAUUAGGGGGGCUAUUAUUUUGGCUAAGUUGUCAGUGAUCCCAGUCAGGAGGGGCUAUUGGGGAAAUAAGAUUGGUAAGCCUCACACAGUGCCAUGUAAGGUUACGGGGAAGUGUGGGUCGGUGACGGUGAGGAUGGUGCCAGCCCCCAGGGGGGCGGGGAUUGUGGCAGCUAGGGUCCCGAAGAAGGUGCUGCAGUUUGCGGGGAUUGAGGAUGUCUUCACUUCGUCAAGGGGGUCGACCAAGACCCUUGGUAACUUUGUCAAGGCAACUUUUGAUUGCUUAUUGAAGACAUAUGCUUUCCUCACGCCCGAUUUCUGGAUGGAGACGCGCUUCACUAGAUCCCCAUUCCAGGAGUUCACUGACUUUUUGGGGAAGCCCACAAAGGCCAUCACUCUCGAAGAUGUUGAAAAGGAGAUCGUCACUUGAUUCUGCCGCUUUAUUUAUGGAAGCAAUUUAGGAUAUAAGGAGUUUUGGGCAUUAGUCUUUUUGGGGUAAGCUAAAUAUCAUAUGGUACUGGACUUAAGACGUGCUUUAUGUUACUUUUAUUUGUUUUUGUUUCUAUGAGAAUUUUGUGGUCUACUUGUGGGACAUACUCAACUAGAGAAAUUUUAUUUUAUGCAGCUGUUUGGUAAGUUGGAUUUCC